UUGCUCCGAAGCGGAAACAAAAGAAAUCACAAAUUUCUCAAAACAUUCUAGUAGAUAGCUAGUUAGUCAAAAGAGAAGAGGAACAGGUACAGGGCCGACAGGUGCGUACGGUAGCUAACAUCACGAACAUACAUCUGGAGGACUGACAUGGCUUUAAAAAGAAUACAGAAGGAGCUACAUGAUUUGCAAAGGGAUCCGCCAGCCCAAUGCUCGGCUGGGCCAGUUGGAGAGGACUUGUUUCACUGGCAAGCCACCAUCAUGGGACCGACUGACAGCCCAUUUCAGGGUGGAGUGUUCUUCCUCACCAUUCACUUCCCUACAGACUAUCCCUUCAAACCACCAAAGGUAGCCUUCACAACAAAAAUAUAUCACCCUAACAUCAACAGUAACGGGAGCAUCUGUCUGGACAUCUUGAGGUCACAGUGGUCCCCAGCCCUUACAGUAUCAAAAGUUUUAUUGUCCAUAUGCUCCUUGCUAUGUGACCCAAACCCAGAUGACCCCCUAGUCCCAGACAUAGCACACAUCUACAAGUUGGACAAAACUAAGUACAACAGACUAGCCAGAGAAUGGACACAAAAGUAUGCAAUGUAAAGGACUAAGAUUUUGGCUGAGAAAAAGGUUGAGGCAAAUGGAUUUGCUGGACAACUGACCACAAAGUACUGUUCAAACUCCGAAUCGACACUGGUUAAAGAAGAAGUGUUUGAUAAAGAAAAAAAAAAAACUAAAACACUUUCUCCUCCCUAAUUAACUGAUUUUACGCUUUGAA